ACACUUCCUUGACCACUUGCUAUACCCAUUCAUCCCGUCAGCAGAAACUGGGAGAUUGCCCUUGUCUGUGUGUUCUCUUCAGGAGCAAGCCGGGUUCGAACGUGGAAGGCCGUCUUACGUGAAGCCGUCUCGCUUUCCUUGUUAUCCAUCUCUUUCGGUACGAUGCUACGCACAUUCGUGCUGUACUGGAGCACCUUCUUCCUCGCCGAUGUGUCGUGUUCGCCAUUAAUACCAUGCAUCGGUCGAAGGCGGUUAUUUCGAAGACGAACGAACUACGACCAGAGCGUUCCGUUUCUAAACCGCUGGAGAGGAGGUGGCGAUCCACCUCCGAUUCGAACACUUCCGGAAACUCGAGGAGGCUCCACUCGGAGUAAGACAGCCGAGGAAGAAGAAGCAACUUUUAUCGAGCCGGUCUGUCAACACGAUGACAGCGGAUCUCGAUUUUCGCUAUUCCCGAUAGAGCAUGAUGAUCUGUGGGGUAUGUACAAACAACACGUGGCAUCCUUCUGGACGGUGGACGAAAUCGACCUUUCGGCCGACCUGACGGAUUGGCACGAGCGCUUGAACGACAACGAACGACACUUCAUUUCAAUGGUCCUAGCAUUCUUCGCUGGUGCCGACGGGAUUGUGGUCGAAAAUCUAGCGGAGCGCUUUUGCCGAGAAGUUACCGUCCCGGAAGCCCGCGCUUUCUACGGCUUCCAGAUGGCCAUGGAAGGCAUACAUCAAGAGACGUAUUGCUUACUGAUUGAUAGCUAUAUUUCUGACCCUAAGGACCGGGAGAUGCUUUUUGCCGCACACACAAAGGUUCCAAGCGUUGAAAAGAAGGCCAGAUGGGCGCAACGGUACAUCGGCUCCGAUGCUUCGUUCGCGGAGCGUCUCGUGGCCUUUGCCGCCGUGGAAGGUAUUUUCUUCUCGGGGGCAUUCUGCUCUAUUUUCUGGUUAAAGAAACGAGGAUUGAUGCCUGGAUUGACAUUUUCGAACGAGCUCAUCAGCCGUGACGAAGGUCUCCAUUGUUCAUUUGCGUGCCAACUUUACUCCAAGCUGGAACGCAAGCUAUCCGAAACAGACAUGCACAAACUGAUUGGGGAAGCGGUGGAGGUCGAAAAGGGCUUUGUAUGCGACGCGCUUCCCGUGGGUUUGAUUGGAAUGAACGCCUCGCUAAUGUCCCAGUAUGUCGAAUUUGUGGCCGAUCGGUUACUCCACGAUCUGGGCUACCGAACCUUGUACGGUAGCAAGAAUCCUUUCGACUGGAUGGAUAUGAUCAGUUUGGAAGGAAAGACGAAUUUCUUCGAAAAACGUGUCGGCGAAUAUCAAAAGAGCGGAGUAAUGGCUUCGCUUUCCGAUGAUCACACCCACGGACGAAAGUCGUUCAACUUGGAUGCGGACUUCUAG